GGCUUUCAAUGUAGUGAGUGACGAAAGCAGAAUAGGACUAAUUUAAGAACUUGACGAAAAACUAAUGGGACGACCCAAGACGAUACCAAAAUUUCAGCUCAAUCGGGAAGUGGGUCAAAUAUAGCUUCCAAGAUUUGACCUACACUAGCAUACUAACAGGGCAAGUUAAAACAAAAACUUGAUAAUUUUUUUUUUAAUGUCCGUUUAUUUCAGUCUUUUCUUCGGGAUUUACUGCGGGCCGUCCAGUUUCUUAUAUCUAGUGAGGUAAGACGCUGCAGCUGCACCACGGCUGGAACAAACAAUAGAUUUCAUUAACCUUUUGGACGCCAAUGACAGCUAUAUCCGCACCGCAGGUUCAACGCCAAAGACUAAUUAAUCGGCCACAGACCACAGAGCAACAUAGACCUACGUGCAUAUGCAUAAAGUUCAAUUUCAGUUUUGACACUUGGUGACGUGGCGUCCGCGUGACAGCUUUUGUGUUUGACACGGCGUCGAAAAGGUUAAGCCUGGCCGCACGUUCGGAAUUUUCAUUCGGUGUCCGUACGGAAUGACAGGCAGGAACGGGACGUCGCUCUACAAAUUCAUAGCUGAAUAUCCGCAUCUAUAACUCGUCCCCUAUCAGGGCUAUAACCGCGGAAAUCAAAGUUCCCAAAUUGCGAGCAUAUUUCUCUCACUCUAAUUAUACCUUCAUUGGACUAAAAGAGAAAGAUCCCAGCAAUUUGCGAAUUUCAGUUUUCCCUCAGUCCCUCUGGACUCAGGAGACGCAUAUUACAGAUGCGUUUUGUUAGAGAGUGAGUCUUCUGUACUUAGUAGUAUUAUUUAUUCUGUGGUCAUGUGCCCUUCCGACAGGCGUGGCUCACUCCGCGAUUUCGUCGCUUUGCUAGUUAGCUAAAAGUACAUCCGUUCCAACCCAAUUUUGGGGAAAGUCAUAAGCUGCGCGUGGCGCUAUCGCCACCUAGCGGCCAUAUCUGUGUUGAUCGUAACAGACGCGUUUUGUUAGAGAGUGAGUCGUCUGUACCUAGUACUAUUAUUUAUUCUAUGCUUCCGAUCCAAGGAAAGAAAUCAAUCUGAUAUAUACUGCGUCAAGCAGAUCUUGUCAGUAGAAAAAGGCGGCAAAUUUGAAAAACGUAGGCGCGAAAGGAUAUAGUCCCAUAGAAAAUUUGAAUUUCGCGCCUUUUUCUACUGACAAGAUUUGCUUGACCAUCUAUAGGUACUUAUUUUCCAAGACGUGUGUUUCUGAUCUCUACACCUGCAAAGUCUGUCUGUCCGUCGUCUGUCAGCCGCAUAGAAUUGCGGAUUCUAGGUCUAUGGUCAGCCCCUUUGCAAAAUAUCAAAUCGGGUAGUGUGCACACCAUUACUUGAUUUGAUCAGACAAUUUAAUCAGAUUGGGGAAAAAUUGUUCCCGUCUAGAUUGUCCUUAAUAAAAAAAACUUGAAGUUUGACAGCUUUGACAUUGACACUGACAGUUUGUAUUUGUAUGCAACGUAUGAUGAACGUAUGCAAUUUUGUCAAUGUAAUAUUUUCUGUAAUUUCUCCACCAUUCAAUUACUUUUUCGGUACAGUCACCAGCAAUAUUUUUACAAAUAAAGCUCGCCAUGGACUACCACAAUAGUUCCCGCAAGUGUGUUAAAUGCGGAACAUCACGUAAUCAAGACAAUACAAUCACUACACACCGAUUCCCUCUCCCGGGAACAAAUAAUAUUUUAAGGGCAAUGGUGUGGGCUACAUAUUGCUGGCCGGAUGAAGACUGGUCUAGCAUAAAGACUCUGACGGCACUCUAUUAUAAGCACAGAGUGCUCUGUAGCAAACAUUUUCGAGAUGAUAUGUAUAUUGACAAUGCCAAGAAACGCCUCUCCAAACAUGCAGUACCGGGAACGAAGGAAUAUGUAGCCAAUAUAUUGCAGUCAUUGAAGGCCAAAAUAUCAGUAGAUUCAGUAGUACAACAGGUCAAGUUGUCACUUCAACAUCCUGCAGCUGGGAGUACGACCAAUCUCCGCUAUUGCAAUUAGUCAACGAGACAAUUCUAACA